CAACAAGGAUAUCUUUGUCGUUGAGUCAGCCAUUUUUAACAACUACAGCUGUGUUUCAUUUUGUUAGUUUCGUUAGUUGCUCGUGGUUAUUUUUAUAUUUUGUGAAUAUUCACAGAUAAUUUAUAUAAAAUUGCGUAAUGGUGGAAAAGGCUGAGGUGAAGCCGGAAUCACUUCUCAAUCUAGAUGAUUUGUUACAAUGUCCAGUGUGCUAUGAAAUACCAUCAGGACAAAUAUUUCAGUGCAAUGAGGGUCAUCAUGUAUGUGGACGUUGCAAGAUGCGCCUUGAUGUGUGCCCAGUAUGUCGGGCACUCUUUUUUGGCACAAGAAAUUAUGCUAUGGAAGAAUUGAUUGCCAAUUUUAGAAAAUUACGUGCUUUUAAACUUGGUGCUAAACCUACAAACGGCUCGGGUUCUUCAGAAAGCAGUACACCAGCUAAAGACACAACCACAGGGGAAUGUGAAAAUGAUGUUAAUGAGGAAGAUGAAGAAAAUAAUCUCAAUUUACCUAAUCAAGCUCCACUGAGACCUCCUCCGGCAUGCAAAGGGCUCUUCCGUUGCCUUUGUUGCAAAAGUGGACAAGGGGAAAGGUUACCAGCCGCCCGCCUAUUGAACCAUCUCCGUUAUUUUCAUGCUCCAGAUCUGCUCGAGGGUCGGACUGAGAAUGGCGAGUAUUUGCAAGCAUGGCAAUUUUCUACAGUCCCUGGCAAACUGGUUACUGCCGUUAGAGUAGCUGAUAUGGGCAUAUUCUUUUUGACAAUAGAAAUAAGUAGUGAUUCAGUGUGUGCAUGGUUAGCAAUGGCCUCCUCACCUUGGGUAGCUCACAAUUUUAAUUAUACAGUUACCAUCUGUGGUAACGAUCGUGAAGCUAUAUUUUCCGAUUGUGUCUGGUCCGUAAGGUCUUGCGAAGGGUCGUUGAAGAAGCGAGGUCACUGCCUUAUAGUUCGUGAUUUAGACGCGCGUGCUCUCGUCGCUCCUAGUACUAUUAAUGGCAAGCUGAGCAUUCGUCGCACGCCGGCAGACCAGCUCGCCAAUCAGUCACAACCGCGUGCCGUACUUCGCAUAGCGAACAGAGUCAACCAGAACGCGACGAACAAUCUGGAACCCUUCUUACAAGACCUGCAAAACGACGUGGCCCGCUUAUCCCGCGCUUUCGCCACUUUGGGCAGGGAAGCGAACGCGUUGGUACGCGAGGCGGAAAUGGGAGCGAGGAUCGAAGACUUGCCAGCGCCGACAGCCGAACAGAACUCCGACGAUCGUGCCUCGGAAUCUUCCGAGAUUGGAUCUCAACCGGCGCCAGGCGAGGCCGUCAAUGCCGUGCAGCACCUGUCUCGUAACGCUCGCAGGCGUAUGCGUCAGCGAUUACGACUGGCUCUUAACGGGCCGAUCCAACCGCUGCCGUCACCUCCAGCUCGCGUCACGGGUCAGAUGAACCACCUGCCGAACGGUUACACGAACAACAGCAUGUUCUUGACGCCCUCCGACUCGCCUCCGUCCUCCUCGAGCGGCCCGUCCCAGCCUCCCGCCUCUCGCAAUAAGAGGAAACGCCGCCAUCGCAGAUAAGCGACGAGACACCCGCAUUACGAUACUUCUUAUAAGUAGCUAUUCGAUAACGUGUAAUGUUGUUACUCUACCGUAGAGUCUCGGAUGUUUCCUCUGGGGUUCUCCUACUGUGCAUGAACUGUUUUAAUUGUAUAUAUUUUACGUCUUUUGACAACGCAAUCUUUACAAGUGCUGUGAUAAAUAAUGCAUGCUAUGUUUGUGCAUACAUAGGAUACUACCGAAACCUUUCAUUGUUUGAAAAGUCCCCAGAGUGAGUAUUUUGUGAUUUAGGGAAAUGCAUAUAUAUAAUUAAUUGUUAUAAAUUUAGUUAGUUAUAUUUCAUUAAUGGUGAAUUACAAGCAUUUGUAUCAUUUUAAUUAUAAUUGACAUGAUCCGGUUUGACAACAAACUUAUUAAGUAAGGUAUUUUGACUAGCGAUACAAUUAUGAAUUUGCUUGUUUUUAAUCAUUGUAAUUGCAAAUUCAAUUUUAGAAUUAUUAUUAUAAUGUUUAAUAAUGCGUUAAAUAACCAAUUUGAUAACAAAUAGUUAUAAUAAUUAUAUUAUAAGGAA